UCGAGGGUCUGUUACACCUUAAAAAAAGGUGCCGCGAAAAUUAAAGCGGCCAAAUUUAGUGACCCAUAUUAAAACCUUUAUUUAUUUUAAGUUUUCUGUCUGCUAGGAGUACUUAACUAAACUGUAGGCCCUAAAGUGAUUGCAAUUAUGUCACACCUUGCAAAAUAUUUGUCCGCCCCUGUUUCCUAGGCCUAUAACCACGAGUUUUGCAGUUCCUAUACGCAAAUCCGUAGGUGUACUGUGUUUUGCGUUCAAUUUAAAAUUCAGAUCGUUUUUAGGUAUAUAUACACAGUCAUGUACUCUUAGUUGUACUGUAAAACGCCCUGAUGAAGUGUGCGCUUGUCACACGAAAAGCGUAGGAGACAAUAAAACAAUUUUACAACUCAAGACGUUCGUAGAAGUGUUGCUUACUCGUUUAUCCUUUUAAAAAUAUUCUUUACAACCACUUGACAGGCAGUGUAUAGGAAAGCAGCACAGAGUAAAAGGAUAUCCGAACUUGUUCAAGGAAAGACAACCUUAUCGCCUAAAGAUCCAUUUGAAAACAUUAAGGCGAUUCUUAACUGAAAGCUAAUUGGCAGCUCUAUCGAUUUAAAUAGUAAAGUAUGUUCAAUGCCAAAAACAAAAAUGUUGAACAAUUAGGUCUAACAAUUAUUUUUUAGCGACCGGGGCAUAGUUCGUCAGGGUAGAAGUUUAUCUCUUGGGGCAUUAAAAACGCUAUCUAGAGUCAUUAUUGUGAACCUGUUGUCGUCUAAUUGUUGCUCUCGCUUUUUACUUUUGGCGUGGUGUGUUCUGUAGCACCUAGUAAUAAUCGUCGAACUUUGUAAUACCUGUCGCACCUAAUGUAAUGAACUUGAAAUGGAUUAUCGGAGAACAAGUAAACCCAAUAAUAAGUAUCAUCAUCGACGACAACAACAAUAAUAAAAUAACAAUAACAACAAAAACAACAACAACAAUAACAAUAAUAAAAAUCAGUAAACAUUCCACUGAACGGUUUUCAGCACCAAUUUCUCAAGUGAGGGUGGAGAAAAGUGUUCACCUCAAGCAUAUUAAGGCAUGGCUCAAUUUUGGGUCUCGACCCCACGCGAAGAUAAAGCUGUGUUUCUUCUACGGCCACGCAUUUUAAUUCUAAAAGUUGCCAAAAAACGUUCGAGAAGUUUUCUUUUGAGGCGUUGAAUUAAUUAGGGUUGAGGUGAUGUAGUCACGUGAAACGUGACGUCAUAAUGAUAUUCAAAAAGAAAUUCAAAAUGGGGUAGGGUUGAUUACAACUAAAUUUGAACCAUGUGUAAAUGUUUGUUUUACCGGACGAAUUUUUUCUAUGGCCGGAACGGAAAUAAUUUUUAAUUUCUUAAAAAGAUAUUAACAGGUGAAAAGUGGCUCGUGACCUAUUUUGCUUAAUUACUAAUUAAAUAAAAACGUGAGUCAACCAUUCCGGCCAGAUUCAAGCGAGAAAUGAUGAUACAAUAACAAAAAUACUGUAUUUAAUAUAUACUGUGUGGCAUCUGGGCACCCCAUUUUUAGUUUUCUUUUCUUUUCUGGACUCGAACAAAAGUGGUCACGUGACACAGCUAUCUGAUUUCUUACGUUACAGGAAAAUUAAGGUUACCGAUUUUUCCGGGGUUGCCAAAUUUUGGAACGUUCUGAUAAAUUUUCACAAAGUUAUGACCAUUAUAAGAUUUUAUGCAAAUUAGCCUCAGGCCAUGCUUGAGACAUCAACUGCAGCCUUCAGUAUUCAAGAGCUUUGUGGGGAAGUAGAGCUUUUUCUAUGUGGACGACCUCGAGACUAUAAGAUUGUAUCCCAGGAACAGCGAGAGACCGUAAUAAUGGAAAUUUGAAUUGGAAUUUAGCUGCUAUCCGUAUUAUCGGGUUGUCCAUAAAAUUAAGUGUCCUUCUGGCGAAAGGUGAUUGUAUAAGCAAAAUAUUUUGAAAGUUUUACUAGUAGCACGGGCAACGGACAAAUCCGGUUUCAUAACCUGCGAGGAUAUGACCAGAUAUAACGAGAUUUUAGAGUUUAUCGCCAUGAAUAACCAUUAUACUAGUAUUACAGGAGACCAAAUUAGUAUAGGUAAUAGCAUCGAUUUGUAGUGAUAUUUGGCAUAAAUAUUAUUUCAAAUAUAUAUUUCAAAAUUGUUAUACGUAAUUUCACGAGCCGUUAGGCGAGUGAAAUUUGAGAUAAUUUUGAAAUAUCACGAGUGGUAUUUAUGCCAAAUAUCACGAACAAAUAAUGCUUUUUUUUGUUUAUACUACUACCCACAAAAGGUUUGUAAUUUUCACAUGUAGGUAUUUCAAAUUAAGCUGAAAUACCACUGCUCUAAGCAAAUAAAAUUGCAGAAAUUUAUCAUAUAGUAGUAUAAAUAAAAACCACAAACUCCGAGUACAACACGGUGCCACAAUCAUUAUCAUCAUCAUCAUCAUCGUUAUUUUAUAGUUACUAUAUUAUCUCACUAAAAAGGUCUUUAUCAUAUUUGCUCAUGCGGCAUUCAUUUGCCACAAUGACUACUAAUUCUAAUUUUACGACAAAGUUCGACAGAUUUUUUAUUGCAAAGUGCACAAAGUGUUACUACGAGGUGCGUCAGGUAUAACAAAGUGCGACGAUUAUCACAAAGUGCGACAGAACAUGGUGUAAGAAAAUUAAUGCCAUCAAUUUAUUUUGUUGAAUUACUUCUUCAAAUCAUUCAAAUUUUUAUUUUCCUUUUUUUUUACAUCAUGCUCUAAGUUUUUGCAAAAAUUAAUUUUCUCCAAGUGAGUUAUCAUUGGCGUGGGAGGAGGUUCAGUCUCCGGCGAUUCGCAGAAAGCCUCAACAAUCAGUCAUGAAUUGAAUAUGAGGUCUUGCAUUAAACGUCAAGCCAUUUUCAGUGAGCUCAUUUAUUUCCUAUUUGUCUCAGACAUAUGUCGCCAGAUAGAGUUUGAUCACUCUUUUGAUGGAAAACGCCUCAAAAAUCACGUGAUUCGUACUGCUGAGGUCCAGAGUGAACGAUCCUGCCGGACUUUGUGCUACAUGGAACCAAACUGCGUCAGUUACAACUUUAACAAAGUCAAAAGGAAAUGUGAGCUGAAUAACUCCACCUCAAGAGAAGGAGAGGGAAAUAUGGAAUCAAAUCCAGGUUAUAUAUACUGUGGAGCUAAGGUAUGCAAAGUUUUACAAAUUAUGAAACUUUGUAAAGAAACGAAAUGUUACUUGUUUGGAUCGAAGAUUGUUUGCGAGUGCUGCAAUUAUGGUUCUAUCACUUUCUGAAGUAAUGCGGCCUUGGGGGUCGCUACUGUCAACUUUUUAGAAAACAUAAUGAAAGUUUUCCAAAACAAAUGUAAUUUGAAGACAGGUUUCGCCCGCCUGAAUUAAUUAGUUCUAAUGGUAUGAUUUCUAUGUCCUUGAUGGAAUGAUCUGGAAGGGAGAAGUGGUCUGAAACGGCGGUAGGAUGAUUAAAUUCAUGUGGAUUUCUGGCUUUUUCUAUGGAGCGUCGUUGCUCUCCAAAUCUGUCACUGAGCUGGCGUUUACUUUCGCCGAUGUAUUGCAUGUUACAUUUAUUGCACUGGAUCAUGUAAAUGAGACUGGAAGAUGAACAGGAAAUGUGGUGUGGGAUGCGUCGUUUUCGUUGGUUGAGUAGAAGGUGUAAGACGUGGUUCCAGGGGCGGAUCUACGGAGAGGGUGUAGGGGGUGCGUACCCCCCUUGAGAUGACCUGCGGUUUUCUAAUACAACUGGUUUUCUGCAAAAAAAAAAAACAACAAAAAAAAAUUAUGUGGUUUAUUGGUGUUGAAGUAGAGCAAGAGACGAGUGCACCCCCACCUAAAAAAAAUCCUGGAUCCGCCCCUGGGUUCCUUCUGUAAUAAAAGGACACGUCUUGCACCUACUUCUGUUACAGCGGAAAGUUCCAGGUGUUUUGGGGGGUGGUCUGCGGUGUUUGGCUCUGACUAGGAUGUCACGUAGACUAUUGCAGCGGCGAAAGGAUAGGAUACUUUCAGAGCGCCAUGGUAUAGGGUCAGAACGUCUUGCUGAGUUAUGAAAUCAGAAUGUCAAAUUCAUUUUAAAUUCAUAUACGUUCAAAGAAAAUUAUCUUACAAAAAAUUUGCUAAAGUAUUAUAAAAAUUAGGGAUGUCUUAUUUCUUUCCGUGUCCCUAGAACGCUUGUGCAAAUAAGCCUUGCAAGAACAAAGCAACCUGUCAAACCGGUUUUACCGGUAAAGGAUAUCACUGUUUGUGUCCAGUGGGAUUUGAAGGGGAUCAUUGCGAGAACGGUAAGUUAAUUGAAAUCUUUGUCUAGUCCAGAUAUUGUAAAUUGUAGCAAAUAAAUAAAGGGCAAUAUCACAAGAGGUUUCCAUAGUUUCCGCGCAAACUACUUUAUUAUUUAUUCUGUUAGGCGUGCUGGGCGCGCUUAUCAAAUUUUCCGGUUUUCGUGGGCGCGUAUUCGUGGUGGGCGCUCAUUAAAUUUUCAUUAUUUUCAACAAGUAGUAAGUGAAUUUUUUAACAAAACAGUAAAUAAUACAAGACUUGAAGAUGCACCAGAACAGAAUUUUGACUGUUCAUUGAAAGGUAAUUAAAGAAAACUCAGUCUUGGGGGAAAUCUCUUUUAGUACCUAGCAAUUCAAUUUCUAUCUCAUUGUCAAUAAGCGAACUCUCUGGUGUUGCCUGACGUUGAGAUGUCUCACAGCGUAACGUCUACAAAUUGGUCAGUCAACGAGAAGCAAAUAGGGCAGUAAAGAAGUAUAAAACCAAUACUCUUCUUAUCCACUUAAGUUUUUGUUCGGUCGGGGGGGGGGGGGGGUAGUUAGCUAGAAUUUAUUUUUUCCCCACUACUUUUCUACCUGUUCUUAGUUAUAACCAGUUUAAAGAGUUUUCAUGUCAGUGCGAGUGUAUGGUACAUGACGACGGAGACAAAAUAAUAUCACUUUUGUGACGGUAUCGUGCACGAAAGUGUCUCUUUGUGAACCACAUUUAGGAUGGGAUUGAUUGGAAGUGGUGGUUUUUAAGCUGGCUCGACUGAAUUUUUUUAGGGGGAUACCUCCCAAGUUUGAGAAUUAACUACGUAGCCAUGAACAAAAGAUAUCGGAAAAAGUACACCACAGCUGUAUUAUAUAAAGAUGAAAAUUUGUUAUGGUUUGUGUUUUAUUUUGACAUCAGAGUUUCAAUGGCAACGUAAUGAGGCCAUUAGGCUUAUUAUUUGUCUAUGUAUUUCUCGGUACCAGGAGUUUUUUUUUUUUCGGAAAUCGGUAAAGGGAGCUUUUAACUCCCUUCGCUGUCUCGAUUAUGGCAAAGUGUCAACAAAUUUUAUGAGAGCGUUUUGGAAAUAUUUCGGAAUGAAAUUUAAAGGGUCAUAGACAGCCAAUAAACAUGCCAUCGACAUAACUCGCUAAUAUUAAAAGAAAAGAUGAACUCUGAAAAUGCAGUUUCAUCUCAUAGUGGUCUGAUUUCAGUUGAAACUGUGUACGAAAAAAAAGGGGAAUUGCUUUGACCGAUUGCGAGAAAGAAGAAUUUGAUUAGCUUACGUUCAGCUGCUUUUGAUACCAUUUUUGUGAGUAAUUUAGUCUACUCCCACAAAUUUCAUGUUAAUUUUGAAACCGCUUGAUAAUUUUUUUCCAAAAAAACUUGGCAACGGGCUGUAGCUGCUUUCAACAACCUGUUUUGGAGUCAUUCGUCCUCUUGUUUUCUGCAGUACUGAAGUACUUAGGGUUUUCCUCAGCACCAUGCAUUUCUCGCGAGUUUCUCCCCAUUAAUAGAACCAUCAUACUGACUAUAUAAACUUUCUUUUACAGACAUAGACGAAUGCGCAAAAAAUACUCACAACUGCGGUCCAAAUGCUUACUGCAAUAAUACCAAGGGAGGUUACAACUGCACUAGUUGUCAACCGGGAUAUUAUGGAGAUGGAAAGAAUUGUGAACCAGGUGGGUUAGCAGGCUUUGUAUCGACUUGCUAGGUCCUAGAGAAAUUAAGUAAACAGACAAUACCAUGCAUUGCCAGUCCUGGCAAUCCAAAAAACACAAUGUAUUGGCCAGCCAUAUGUUUUAGUGUGGCCUUUUUGUUAUAGAUAGAAUAUGAACGCCAUGCAUGUCUGACUGAAGACAGUAUAGGUCUAUACUGUCUAGUUCUUAAACAACAGAUGGUUGAAAAAGCAUGCCAUUACAUGAGUUUUAACGUUUUAUUUUUAAACUGGUAAAAGAAUCCUUAAAAAAGUGCCGAAAGUAAUGAUUAAGAACUUCACAAACCGAACGUGAAUAUUCGUAGUGUUCACCAUAUGAGAAUACCAACAUUUAUUAUUAUUUAUUCAAAAUAUUUCGCCGUAUCUGAUGAUUGGCUCCCCCUCUUCAUAACCAACUGGCGCGCUUACCCGUUCGAAGAUGCGAACAAUAUACCGUCGAUUCGAUAGUAUCAAGAGCCCAUUAUGGCUCUUGAUAGUAUGCAGUAAUUAUGUGAUUGCUAAAUAUUCCCGUCGCUGUGGACACUGGUUGCAAUUUUAGAUUGGGAAGGAUAACUUUUUCCCUUGAAUUAUUGUAUACUGCAUGUUUUAUUCAAAAUCUACAUUAAAGCGCACGGAGCUACCUAUCAUUUGGCACGGUUAUAAAGCAACUCUAUUUAUUACUGUCCUUCUUUUAUUUUGUAACACAGUUUCAUCGUGUAAAGACCUUUACAACAAGAAAAUGUGAGUAAAAGUACAAGUUCAAUUUUUAGUCCAUUAAAAUCACAAACUUUUUGUUUUGGGGACUGUGCAGUCAUUAUAAGGGGGGAAUUGAGAAACAGAAGGAGUUUUUAAAGGCAGAGUGCAGCAAUACACCAAGAUAGUGGGGAAGGUAUCUAAAUUAUUCAUUGAAACGAUGGGGGUGAUAUCUAGCUAAUUUUCAAUAACAAUUUUUUAAAUUUUCAAGUAUGGAAAACUAACAUCAGUAUAGCAAGUGUUUGAAAGUUACAUUAUAUGGAAAAACAAAGGGCAUUACAGCUGAUUCUCGGCAAAUUAAUUUGCAUAAAAAAAAAUGCAUAAAAACUCUCAGUAAACUGCUAUCUCAGCUGCUCCAUGAAAGUAGUUGCACAUUAAUUCAGGUAAGCCUUAUUGGCUUAUUUAUAGCUAGAGUUGUAAAUAGCAAACGUUUCCAAAUCAACGUUCCCAGCUUAAUAGACGCCAUAUAUAUAGUUCGGCAGGAUCAUAUUCACCGUCUAUAGCCAUCGCCCCCACUGAGAUGAAGAUGAGACACCUUUUCUCUUUCGGUUUUUCACAGCCUUCUUUUCUUCUUCUUUCUUCCUUUGACUACUAUUAUUUUCUGUUAUCACAUCUGUAAUAUUUUCUGAUUUUUAGGCUUCUGCCGUAAAUAGGCCCUUGUUUACAUUGUGGGGGCUUGGGAUCGGUAAUGAUCUGAGAAAAACUGUACAUCUACAUGCUGAAUAGAAGAUAGUUAAAAUUGUCACUACCCCAUGGAGGAGGGUCUUAUUUAACAGUCUUAAAAAAAAAAAAAUUAAGAAUGCUACUGUUCAGCGCAUAAAUUUCCCCAUGAAUAUGAUUUAAUUGUCUAUUUUCAAAUCUACUGGAAAAACUCUUCCUUCCGAAUCAACAAAUUGUUUCAUGAAUGUUGUUAAACAAAAUGCACACCACCUCUGCACGUAAGCUAGAAGCGCUACUAAAAAUAUUUGAGAAGCCCUAUUUUGAUGACCACAAGUAUUCUGCACUGAGUGGGAACAAAAAACAAUAAACACAGACCUGAAAAGGGCACUUGGUUGACUACGCUGGGUAUGAUCACAUACAGACAAAGAUACAUGUUGCCGGGUUUUCGGUGUCACUCCAACCAAAACAGAUCGAAUUAAAAGUCAAAAAUGUUACAUGCAGCAGAUAAAGUCCAGAAUCUUGGAAAUGAAUCGAAAGGAGGUAAAUAUGCAAAGAACCUCGCCAAGAUUCAAGUCAGAGCGAUAUUUCAUAUGCGAGAUUUCCGGAGAAAUGUUUUACCCAAAUUUAUAGAGCUUUGUAUGGAGACGUCAUGUUGGUGCCCAUACGGAUUGGCACCAACAUGGCGGCCGGAAAGCAAUAGAAACAUCUGUCACUGAGUUUUGUUACGAAAGCGUGCAUUUAAUUCUCGAGGAACUCAUAAACAUUAUAGUAAUACUUUUGACAUGAACUGUUCCGAUAGCACAAUAGCCCAAAAUAAGUCACAUGACAGCUCUCUCCAGGGGCAUCCAAUCGAUCUGUUCGGCAAAUUUCUGCCGGCUGGGAGAUGUGGAGGAAAUAAUAUGUCCUUGGAAGGAAAGUGUAGCUGGGAAAAAGACAAAUCAGGGUGUCUGAAGGGGAUUUGAUGUCUAGAAUAGCUGCCAUCUGGGUGAUAGGCUCCUGCUGCUAUGAUGUUAAUCUUUUCUCUCCCUCCCAACCCCCUUUCCCGACUAAAGGGGUGAAUUUCGCCCUUGGGCGACACCCUUUUGUCUACCCCCCCCCCCCCCCCCCCCCCCAAGGUGGGUAUUUUUUCCCUGAACCCCCCCCCAACCCCGCCAGACUUUCUGGGCAUCCGUCUCCUGUGAAAAUUCCCCGUCAACUGGGUGGCAGGUUGUAUGUGAACAGUGUUGGCUGUGAACUUUCUCUCAUGUCUUUUGUUGUGUGAGAAAAAAAACAAACCGGGGGUUUGGAAGGGGUUUUGAUUUCUAAAAUGGCUCCCCUCUGGGGGUUGGCCCCCUCUGCCUUGGUUUUUAAUUUUUUUCCCCCCCCCCACCCCCCUUCCCCCCCAAAGGGGGUAAAUUCCCCCCUGGGGGACCCCCCUUUUUCCACCCCCCCCCCCCCCUUCCCACUGAAGGUCUGAAUUUUUCCCUAGGACCACACCCAAACCGGUCAGUAAUGUCUGGACAUACGUCUGCUGGGAAACUUCCGAGUAAGUCAGGUUGCAGGUUGUAUGUGAACCUUGAUGGCUGAGAACUCUUGCAUUAGUCUUGCUGGGAGUGAGGAACAGAUGUAGUUUCUCCAGCAAUCUCCGAAAAUGCUUUAAAUGGCUUCAGAAACCUUUAUUUAUGCUUUGUUGUUGUUUUAAGGUCUUUUUCUCAAAAUUUCCCGUUGGGUGCCCCUGUCUCUCGGCCGUCAUGUAAAUGCCUCGUCAAGCAAAAGCUUCUAAAUUCAAGCAUACAGUGUGUACUCUACCACAAAACCAAAAAUCCUUUCGAAACAAAAGUUUGUAUGAAUAUUAGUUUUUAGCUGCUUUAAUACGUCAUGAAAGUAAAGUCUCAGUAAGGUCGCUUGUUUUACAGUUUGAACUUUAGUGACGUCAUGUGAAAACCAACAAUAAGAUAAAAUUAAGUUUGAGCAAGAUCAUUUGGUCAGUGUUGUCGACAACAUUGCGUUAUAUUCAUUACUAGCUAGGUUUUCAUUGUCUUCUACUUUAAUUUGUGUCUGUACAUUUCUUUCGCGCCACGAACUUGGCUUAAUUGCUUUUGCGUAGUCUUCAUUUUUUUAGGCAUUGCUUACUGAUGAUAUUAUGGACAGAAUUUGCAUUUAAGCUGGAGGCGUUAACCAAAGAAGUCAGAAAAUCGGUUUUUAACUUCGACCUUUCGCAAUCUUGCGCUCCCCUCGACAAGGAUCGUUGUGAGCCGUUUUAGUCCUCCAGCUAAACUUUGGCUCGUCGCGCAAUUAAAGGGUUGCGUGAUGCGUCACUAGGACGGCGGUUAGGAAGGCUGAUCACCAGGUAACCACUAGCCGAUCAUUACUAGCGAUCAAUUGGGCUCAACUGUAUAUUUUUGUCCUAGGAUCUCCCUUAUUAAGUUAUUUUGUUCCUUGUAGAUCAAAUGAAAGCAAAGCUUACCCACUGAUUUUGGGAGAUGAUAUUUUGGAUAUUUAUUGCAACAUGUCCACUACGGAAACUGACGCUUGUGGAGUUGGUGGAUGGACUCUGGCUAUGAAGAUUGAUGGAAACAAGGUAUAAGCUGUUCCAACAUUGCCCAUAAUAACAGUGCAUAAUCACAUUGUAAUCUGAACGAAGAACUUGAGUAUUUUAUUUAGACUACCGUAGUACACGGUAUAUCUAGGUCAGUAGCAGUAAUUAUCCGUCCUUCUUGCCUUGCUAAGACUGGGAAAGGCCGAUGAUGUAGGAAUGAACACAGUUUCGCAGAUGAAGAUCCAUGGCUUGGUGCCCAUAUGUUAACUAGUAUUGCAAGGAUGUUUUACGCCUUUUUUGCCCAGGAAUCUUAUUAGUUUGCGCAGAAAACAAAAGCACCGAUGAUAAGCGCCGUCAGAGCCUUUAAAUGUCUUUAUCUCGUGAGAGAAAUGCGGAGGAAUCUCAUUAAGAUAACGUCAAGAGUUAUUUUUUGAUUGUUAAACCGGUUUGACAGGUUUUAGGUUUGUUAUAUAUGGUCAUAAUUGAUUUUAAACUGGUUUGGAAGGUUUCUUCACUUUCCUAGUUACUUUUGAGCAAUGAUUAACCUGUAGGGAUCAUGUCCUUAUUUGGUUACGAUGAUGUCACUGUUUAUUUUACAUAAUGUGCGUCAUAUCCUUCUUUAGUUCCGAGGUAUUUUAAUUGUUAGACUAAAUAUUAGAAAAAUGUUAAAUGUUUUAUUCAUUUUCAAGAAGGAAUAGGCGGCAACCGCUCUGUCAUUUAAAAAUAAUGCACCGCAACUGAAUUAUGCAAGUUGUAUUUCAUACCGUUUUCAUUAUCCAUACCAUUGAAGACUACUUUUCUUCCUGGUUCCGGUUCACUGAUUCUUGGCGCGUAAUAUAUAAUGGCACAUCAAACCUUUGCAUCAAGUCAUUCACGUGGUCAUGGGCUCCUGACAUGGUAUAAAACCGCCAUGCUGGAGACGUACUGGGACAAGACAAAUAAAUUAUCAUUUGAAAUUAUGAAUAACUAAUUAAGUGUUUUUGCUUUUUCUUGUACCAGUGUUUCUCUUACUCUCCAGCAUGGUGGCUUUGUACCACGUGAAUUACUAGCUAGAGGGAUACAUGUACCUUUACUGCUAGUUAUCGCUAUUUGAGGUAUAUAAAAGGGUAGGGAAAUCUGCUAUUUGGGUGUAAAAGGAACCAAAAGGGCAAACAAAUGCAUUUCAUGGCUGUGGGGGAAAAAAAUGGAGAGAACUUCCUGGUUUUGUAAUGCACUCAUAUUUAAAAGAAGGUACAUUUACUGCAGUUUUAAGGAAUGUAAAGAACUAGGCAUAUGAAAGGGGUGCUAUUUGUCAAUAGAAGGUAUACGACAUGCACCUGUCCUGUCAAAAAUAGUUUGUAAAAAGGUAAGAGGUUGAACUUUAGGGCGGAGCCUACCACUGAGGCUUUUAAGGUCGCGGGGUGGGGCACCUGAUGCUUAUUGUUAGGAAUUUAUUUAACGAGAAUGCACGACGCACAACGACUGACGUCGACAAGUUCACGAGAUAAUCAUAACUGGGAUAGAAUAUGGGCACUUGAUUUAAGGUGUUCACGUGUGCACACACACUGAGAAAAAAAGUGCUAAAACUCGGCCACAAAAUGUGUCCAAAGUCUGUUUAAAAAUAUGCGUGGAAUGUUACAAAUAUCUCUUAAACUAUAGAAGAUAAUGAGUUGAGACUUUCACUUUGUAUUUGUGUUAAGUUAUUUUUUCAAAUUGUCCAUUUUUGGGUUAGUACUGCGCAUGACCAAAAAGCCCAUUUUGUGACAUCAUCAAUUAUGACGUCACAAAAAUGAAAUUUGAAUUUCAAAUCGGACAAGUUCUUCAAUUUUAUGUGCGCUAUAUUUCUGCAAAGUAUCACACUUUUAGGUUUAAGGUGAUUCCUCAGUAAAAGAACCUUGUAGAUGAAACUUGAUACACUGAUGCAACAAGUCAAGAAGAUGAUACAAAAGUAGUAAAAAGUGGGGAUCACCGUGCUCGUUUUGACGUCACAAUGUUGACAAAUACGGCUAUUUUGGACCCUUUUACAAAAACCGCGGGCAGCCCAAAACUAGACAUAAAGGAGAGAUUUUUUCGAUGAUGCAAGUGGUAUCGCACAUAAUUUGACUUUAAUGUAUUGUUUAUCCACUUACGUACCAGAAAAAUGCAUUUUAAUGCCCUUGUUUUUACUUUACGCUAAAAAGUAGAAUUUUUUUGGACACGCACUAUUCGACCCGUGAUAGCUCAUUCGUACAAUUUAGUAAAGCUGCCAAAAAUCUGAGCAUAGAUUUGUGCCAAUUUUUUUCUCAUCGAAAGGAAGCACUGUCCUUAUUAAAAUCAUGAAAUAAAAAAUGGGGGUCACCGUACUUGCGGUAGAGCUGCAGAAAGUGCGCACCAAAUGCAUUUUCCUCGAUUUUUGAGAGAGGACUGGGGCGAGUUUCAAAAUAGAAUGUAUGUGAAAGGGGGAACUUUCAUAAUUUUUUAGGCAAAAAUGUCUUAAAUGUAGCUCUUAUCACAUUUAGGACACAAUGUGAUAAAGAAAGCGUUUAAAUGAAAAUCAAAGUGAGUCAGCACAAGUUAAACAUCCACUAUCGAGGUUCUCCGAGAGGAAGUCGAACUCAGCAACACGCGUACUGCUUACGUUAUGCACAUUCCCAACACAUUGAGUCUCACCUCAGCAAGAAACAACAGCAAGCAAAAAUUCCAAUAGCGCUUCUCUUCAGUCAACUUCGUUUUAAUAAUGUUACUUCACAUGCUCUUUUUUACGGCGGCCAUCUUGUUAUGCGCAGUAAGAGAUGCGCGGUGCAAAACUAGGGAAUCACCUUAAUUCUCUUGGAGGAGAAGUCUUUGGGAGUUUUGACUUUUUAAUUGACCACUAGAUGGUCACGUGACUCUUUACUAACAAAACGACUAUUCCAAAAUUUUUCUGGAGUCAAGUAUUGUUGCCUGUAUUAAUUUCAGUGUCAUGCCUUUAAGGGAAAGAAAGUUAUAGCCCUAAGAACUCCAAAAAUGUUUGUGCCUAUCGCCCCCACUCAAUCGUUUGGCCGAUUUUAACACUUUUUUUCCUAGCGUGACAUGUGACAUAGAGAAUCCACUUUGACACACUGGAGGGUUGGAUCAAUCCCUUAUUAUUAAAUCAAAGAGUGCUGUCUUCUAUUCGAUCCGCAAACUUAAAUAUCUAAAUUAAGUUAAGAUCGUCUGUUGGGUAAGACGUCGAACUUAGGACCAGUCAAACCAAUCAGCAGAAUCAGAUCAGUAAUAAGUUUUCUCCAGAACGAGGCUCUGAUAUUUACAUUAUGGUACAAAUCAGUUUAGUUUAUUUCGUCGCAUGUCAAGAUCGACGUUUGUCCAGGAGACGAUCUUCAGACGUUCUAUCCUUCUGAAGUAUAGAACGUACGAGUAGGGACGAUCGUCGAACUUUUCAUGAACUUAGCUUACUAAGUUUGGUUCUUCUCAAGAAAAGUUCGACGUUUGGCCUAAGCCUAAAUGUGGCUUAAAGCAUUGCCGUAAAAAGCGAUCGCCAAAAAGAAAAAAACACCCUCCUAAACUUCCAUCAUUCUUUAAUGUCUCUGUGAAAGAUUAUCUAAAUUGCCUCUAAAACAGACUAGAUAUAAGCGUUUUAAAAGAUGUAGCAGAAACGGAUGUAUUAAUGAAUUGGGAGUGUUCCCUGCGGACUUAAAUGGCACGUCUAGUUUAAACAAUUUGAAGUUUUCCACAUGACGUCAUCAAAAUUCAAACUAAACUUUUUAGUUUUCACUUUAAUGAAGUAUUAGGGCAGCUAAAAAGUUAUAUUUUUACAAACUCUUCCUUUGGAAGGGUUCCUCUUUGAGUAAUAGGUUACGCUUGAAUUUUUAAGCUUUCAUGUGAUGACGCAGCAUUUACAUGGCAGUCAAUUGAGCUUUCAUGUAGGUAAAAAAUUGACUUUUUUUUGAGGGAGGGGGGGAUUUUGCUAUCUGAACAGUCCUUGUAUUAGAAAAAGUAUAACUUUUAAUUAAUGUUUAUGAGUUCCACCGAGAGAUGAGUUCCUGUUUUCGUAAAAAAAGUCAGGGACAGAUGUUUCUUUUGGCAUCCGGCCGCCAUGUUGGUGCCUCUCAGAUGGACACCGACAUUUCUCCUAAUAUCUCGAAGAUGAAAAAUUGCACCGAUCUGAAUCUUGGCGAUAGUCCUUGCAUAUUCAACUCCUCUUAUUUCCCAAAUUCUGGACUUAUUUUUGCUGGCGUGCCAGCUAAAACUGGCAAUUGAAAAAAGGAUGAAGUACAAAGAGAUCAAUUGGCAGUUGGAGCAUCACUAAAUAUUUAAGGUCUUUAAGGAAAAUUUCCUUUUAUCUAUUUUGCAAAACAAAGGUUACAAUUAAAUGCAAAUGAAGCAUAGGAAAAAGUACCAAAAAGAUUUUCAUACAAAUUAUUUAGGAUCACGGGGGUUAAGCAAGCUAAGGGUUAAGGAUUAUUAUAUCACAGUUUUCAAUUAUAUUAAUUGUAGAUGAAUGCGAUAUUUGUUUUUUAUUACUAAUUAUUUGUUGACCAUUCAAAACGCUUGCUGAGGCUUAUUUUGAUUUAAUUCUGAAAAAAACGAGGACACCGCUGUCGUUUGUAAGUGAAACGUAGACCUUUUCUUUUUUGAAAAUUACAAUUGUUCUAUUUCUUCCAUUUUUCCUAUUACAGACUACGUUUCACUACGAUAACACCUUUUGGAGCAACAAGCAAACCUUUAACCUUGACGGAGGGAAGACUGGGUUUGACGACAAUGAAACGAAGCUUCCCACCUACUGGAACACAUCCUUCUCCAAGAUCUGCCUCGGUAUGAAAAUCUAUGACAGCCAGUCCAAGUUUAUUGUUAUCAACCAGCAGGCGAACUCCUUGUACUCUCUGAUCGCUGAUGGGCAAUACCGCAGCACCUCACUGGGUCGUGACACGUGGAAGUCGCUGAUUGGUUCUGAGGCCUCCUUGCAGGACAACUGUAACAAGGAAGGGUUCAAUGCUGAUAGUGGUAGUAAGCACCGGGACCUGUCCAGAGUAAGGAUCGGUAUACUUGGUAACAAUGAAAACGACUGCUAUAAUUGUGACUCCAGAAUUGGGUUUGGUACUGGAGGAAAACCUGAUAACAACAACGCAUGCGGAAACGAAGCUAGUUACGGGGGUGAUAAUAACGACAAGCACAUCAAGGCCAUGGGAUACAUCUUAUUGCAGUGACAAGAAAACACCACGGAAGAAAAUUUGUUGAAGUUUUUCUUGUAUCACGAUCACAUUCUGUGUGUUUAUACAGCUAGCAAUCUGACAGUGCAUCUCUAUGAGUUGCAGUUUGCACACUAACGUUGAAGCCAGUAGUAGCUAUAGAUUAUAAGAAGUGGUGAAUAAAAAGUAGUUUAAAACUUCAGUACAAGCUUAUGUUUUCUAGUACUUGAAGAUUUGUGAACUAAACAAUGCUGUUUUACAUAAUUGCGAACGGGGAAAACUAGAGCCGUAUUGCUGGACUAGAAACAUUAAUAAAAAAUCUUUACGGCCUUGAACAGUGGAUUCAUUUGCAACAAAUGUAGCUCGUCCUCUUGCAGCAAACACUUUGCCCACGGAUUAACGCCGGGUUGACCAUAUGCAUGCAAUUCAGUGAAACCUACCUGUAUUAAGUGAACACCGUAUUAAGCCGUGGACCUUGAACGGACAUUAGCUUCUGCCACCUCUUCGUCUCUGUGAACAUGUAUUCGGUCCGUAGCGUACGUAAAUGAGUCGGAGCAAGGACUGGAACUUACUGAGACGGUGUAUUCAGAAGUGAGUAUUAUUUUUUAUUACACCAUACCCUCUCUACCAACCUUUCUGGUGCGGUUCCAGUUCAUACUGUGCCCAAUACUUUUUCAUGUCGGUACGAUUAGCCACCGUGCAGACAUUGCUUUUCUUAUUCAAAUUUGUAACGAGUGAAACAAAAGAAUGUUUUGUUACAAGAACCAAUGGGUCUCUUGUUGGCGCAUUAAUAUCAAUAGGUGACUUCAGCGUGAGUAUCGCUAUAGUAAAAUAUCAGAUAAAACAGUAAACUGGAUCCUUGCGGAAGGAAGGGUGAGAGAAAGAUAUAUAAGGAAAGGAAACGAAAAUCGAAACAAAAUCGAACGGUGAAUUAUAUUUGCCGGAUAUUUCGGUUUGCAACACAAACCUUCAACGGGGACUAAAACAAAACGAGUGCAAAUAUAAGAUGAAAGCCCCUCUAUUUUUGUUUUCUCUCACUUUUCCUUCUGUGGGGUUCAGUUUACUGUUUUUAUGAUUUAGCAUUGGAGAUUUCAGUGUUCCAGGUCUACUCAAGAUUCGGCUGAUCUAACUAGUUUGUUGCUGUGGUUUUGCCUUUAUAAUGUGUCAGUCAAUUCCAGCUGCGUCCAUCCCCCUCAGGCUACUGCGGGGCAUUUGCCUGCCUAGUAAGUACCGGGGUUGUGGCAACCUGUUGUGCAAUCACGACGACGAUGAUGAGGGUGAUGAUUGUGAUGACGAUUGUAAUGGUAACAAUAACGCUAGUUUAGUUUAAGCUUGGCACUAGUGUGUGCUCCUCCUUGGACCCAAUAUAAGACGCCAUGAAACAAAAUAUCACUCACGAAUUCUCCCUCUAGAUCCCUAGCCGCCUUUUCCUUUACUCUAUGGCUCAUUCUUUACAAAGUUUCAAAACGGAAAGAGAACUACACAAGUACAACAUCCUUACGCCGUAGACACAUGUACAUUCUGCUUUUGAGGGAGAGAAGUUUAAGGUUUUUACUAAUCGACCUACGCCAGUUUUUAUACGGCACUUUGGAAACGAGAAAAAAACUGAGGCCAAAAUGCAACCCGCAAUGGUUUCUGUGGUUUUGCCUUUUAAUGCAUCUCUUAAUUCCAGCUGCGCCCAUCCUCCCCAGGCUACUGCGGAGCAUUUGUCUAGCUGCCUUGUUAGUCCCGGGGGUCGGGCAUUAGCAAAUUUUGCGCUGCCCGGGGAUCAGGCAUUUGCCUUGAACCCCGAAGUAACCGGUUGUGUAAUCAUGACGAUCAGAUGAUGUUUAUGACGCUGCCGCGAUUAUAAUGGUAACAAAAACGCUAGUUCAGUUUGAGCUUGGCAAAAGUGUGUGCUCUUCUGUGGGCCUAGUUAAUAUACGGCCCCAUGAAACAAAAUAUCGUUCACGGAUUUUUCCCCAGAUCCCAAGCCACUUUUUUCUCUACCCCAUGGUCCAUUCUUUAUAAAUUUUCAGACGGAAAGAGAACUACACAUCCUUACACCGUAGAAAUAAGUACAAGGACACUACACAUUCUGCUUUUGGGGGAGAGAAGUACAUGUAUUUACUAAUUGACCUACGCAAGUGUUCAUACGGCGCUUUAGAAACGAGAAGAGAACUAAGGCCGAAAUGCAUCCCGCAGUUGUUUCUGGAAUCUUUACUGGAGACGCGCCAGUCAGCUUUUGGCCAAUCUUUUCCCCUGUCCCUAUAGUAACAGUCCCAGAAGUCUUUGCGAAAGUUAACUCUGUUCAGUUUGUUUCCCUGUCGUUUUUAAAGUGGUGAAUUGAAAUGUACAGACCUUUGUCACGCGGCGGCCAUUUUGUCUCAGGAGAUUUAAAAGGCUUUGUAAGUCUUCGUUCUCUUAGAGAGAACGAGGCUAGACGUGCAUAAACAAAGCUUUUUAAAUCUCUUGGGACAACUGAUGGCCGCCGCGUGACAAAGGUUAAAGUAUUUUGAUGGAACUGUAUCAACGGGUGCAUUGAACAGUAAUUUAUUAUUCCCCUUGGCAAUCAAAAUGUCCAAUUUUCUAACUGCAAAUAAUUUAUUCAUUAUUCAUUUUCUUUUAAAACCCGUUAUUCAUUAUUCAUUUUUUCCGCUUUUACUCCUGGAGCUGUAGGUGUGAGCUGAUUGGUCAAAACCUGAGAGGCAACUCCCACUGAUAAAUAAUUUGUUUAAAGACCCUUGUCAGCAGGUUGAUGUAAUAACAGG